AUGGAACCUUUUGAGGUCAUGGCUGUUCCAGUCGGGCAGAUCUUGUGCUUAAGUGAUGUGGUGGAGAACAUCAAGGCAACUCUCCAGGAAUUCUAUGGGGAGGACGUGAAGUCGUCUCCGGAUUAUGGAAGGAUUGUCAACAAGCGCCACUUCAAGAGGGUGAUGGGCUUGCUGGAAGGGCAGAAGAUCGCUCAUGGGGGAGAGAAUGAUGAGGCCUCCUGCUUCAUAGCACCAACCAUCCUGACCGACGUUUCCCCGGAUUCAAAGGUGAUGGAGGAGGAAAUCUUCGGACCUGUCCUGCCCAUUGUGACCAUGAAGAGUGUAGAGGAAGCCAUUGAGUUCAUCAACCGUCGGGAGAAGCCCCUUGCCUUGUAUGUCUUCUCCAACAACAAGAAGGUGGGUCUGGGCAGCGGUGCCUCAGUGUGAUUGGAUCCUGUACUU